GUUAUGAAUUCGAGCAAUGAUUCAGGCGAAAGAUUGCAUCCGGUCAUCCUUUCCAAGAUCUGUACAUCAGCGGUGAAGGAAUCUUUGGCAAAUACAUAUGGUGACAGGUUUGACAGUUUCAUGAGAAAUUUUGAGAAUUCAUUUAGCAGCACACUGAGGACGCUUCAUCGUAUUAAUGAGAUACCUGUCUAUGAGAGUAGUCCUACUCCUGAAUACUCUUCUACAGAUGGAGGCUCUGGGGCUGUAGGAAACUCGAGCGCUGUUGAUCUGCAAAAUCAUACAAAAGAAAUCGAGCAGGACCUCAUGAACUCUGUAGAAAGUCAACUUGUUCUUUAUGCCAGAGACAAUCGACAGCUGGCUGAUCGUGCUCAUAGCAGAUCCUCUCGUGAAGCUGAUCAGUGCAUUCUCAGUGCUUUUGAGAGAUCUGUGAAGGAGCAGGCUCGCUCAAACGAACUCAAGGAGUGUGAGAUUAGUCUUAGCAUGAGAAAGCUGCAGCUGAAACAGACUGAAUUAGCUCUUAGCUCCUCCUCGCACAUGUUAGAGAAGAUUAAGUUGUCCUUGGGUUUUCAGAAAGCUUCCUUCCAAGGAGAGAAAUUCAAGACUCAGAUGCAGGACACAAGGCAUGCAGAAAUUCUGAGGACUCUUAUAGAUUUCCUUGUUAGUGCAGUGGUAAUUAUGUCAGUGUGUUUUGCUUAUGGAACUUAUGUUCACUCGUACCAACGGAUAACUGAUGUUACAGCAGCUUGUUCAGCUGCUUCAAGGGGAUCUAAAUCUUGGUGGGUGCCAAAUUCAGUGUCAAACUUCAAUUCUGGCUUGCAGUUCGUCAGAUGUCAUGUGAUAGCAGCAACACGUAUGUGCUUUGGCAUAGUCAUGAUUGUGGCAAUUGCUUGGUUAGCAUCCCAGCGUUCCGCACUGACUGGAUCAAAUAUGCCUAUAACUUUCAAUUUCAUUUUGUUGGGAGUUAUUUGCGGCUUUGCUGGAAGGUUUUGUGCCAAUACUCUAGGCGGUGAUGGAAAUAUCUGGCUUGUAUGGUGGGAAGUCCUUUGUUCCAUCCAUUUACUUGGAAACUGUUAUCCAUCUGUUAUUUACCACGUUCUUCAUGGUCCUAUAUCAGUAACUCACAGCAAGGAUGGUAUGUGGCUCCCGUACUGGGUUCGCCGGUGCAUAUUUUAUGCUGUGCUGGGGCUUGUUAUCCCAGCCUUGACUGGCUUACUUCCAUUUGCUUCUCUCUCUGACUGGACGGACCAUUUUACGGAAGAGAUAAAAUCCUUCUUUGUUGGUAACGAAGUUGAAGCCUGAAGUAUCUUGUGUUCAAAUAAACCUUUUGGACUUCUGGAGGAGUAACAUAUGUUGAAUUUGAUGUUUGCCUCAGAAGUUUAUCUUUGGAGAAGGAAACUUUGGAUGGGAGUUGAUGGCAUUGUUGAACCAUAAAGGAAGAAUAGUUGAAGGUAUCAAUGCUUGCAGUCAGGCGGUGCAAGCUUCUUCGUUGUAGUGAACUUGUGACCUUGCACUCAGAUGUCAGGUAUCAAUGCUUCAGUUUGCUGUAUAUAUUUUUGUUCUCAAGGUGCAAGGUCACAGUAUAGUGUUAAGAGUGCAGAUCGGUUAACUGCCACCUGUGUCGUAGUUAUGUUUGUUUAAUCUUUCUCCUGGAAUGAUGCUUUUCUUGCCUCACUUGGGUAAAUUUAGAGACAAUACAGUGUUAAAGAGUGCAGACCAGUUGACUACCACCUUUAUUGAAGUUAUGCUCUUCUAAUCUUUCUCCUGGAA